GCCCACCCAGACAGAAAGACAUCACAUAGAGCGGCUUCUCUCUGUGUGUGUGUGUGUGUGUGUGUGUGUGUGUGUGUGUGUGUGUGUGAGUGUAGAGUGUUUCUGUAAAUUCAGAGAGUGGAUGCAGUUAUCAUACCACAUACCACUGGCUGUGCGUCACUCCUUCAGCGCUUCACUCCGUUCAUCUCUCCGCUCAGCAUCCAUCCGUCCUCCUCCGGCAGCACUAUGGACAGCACAGUUUCAGCCUACUCUGAGAAGCUGAGAGAGAUGUCGGUGUUAUCUCUCCUCUGCUCCUGUUUGUAUUCCCAGCCGCAUCCCAACACCUUCGGUCUGUUUGAAGAUAUGGAGGUGAAGUCGCUGAAUAAGCGAGCUUCUGGCCAGGCAUUUGAGGUCAUCUUGAAGAGCCCGACUGAGGCGUCUCCAGAGAGACCCCAGACUCUGGCACUGCCGCCCCAGAAGAAGGAGCCUUCACUGGGGGAACUACAGAGGAGGCUGGAGGCUGCCGAGGAGAGACGGAAGUCUCAGGAGAAGCAGGUGCUGAAGCAGUUGGCGGAGAAACGCGAGCGUGAGAAGGAGGUGCUCACCAAGGCCCAGGAGGUCAACAACAACUACAGCAAGAUGGCCGAGGAGAAACUUCACCACAAAAUGGAGCUGAUCCAAGAAAAUCGCAUGGCCCGACUUAAUGCUCUCAAACAGCGUCUGAGAGAGAAGGAGCUUCAUGCUGCAGAAGUCCGUAAGAAUAAGGAACUUCACACUGAGCUCUCUGGCUGAGGACACUCUUUGACGCCAGAGCCGUGAGACGUCCAAUCAUGACUGCAUUUGGAGAAUAUCUCAUUCUCUGGCCACACUGUCUUAAGAGGUCAUAUCAGACUCACAUUUAUCAGUUUUCAUUAUCAAUAAACGUCUGAGCUUAUAACAGCAUACCACAUACACGACAUGGACAAAAGUAUGUGAGCACCCAAACAAAGCACCUGUAUAUGCUUGCUGAAUGUUUAAUUUCAGAAGCAUGGGCAUUAAUAGGCAUUUCGUCCUUCCUAACAACUCCAACUCUUCUGGGAGUCGGGGUUCCAGUUCAUCCCAAAAGUAUUCAGAUCUGGACUUUGUUUAGGCCAGUCAAGAUCCUUCACAUUUCUUGAUGGACCUUGACUUAUGUUGGUGUUCCUAAAUCGACAUCUUUUGUUGAUCCUAGAACAACCAAUCCUUAAAUUAUGGCUCAAAUCAGAGGGAAAUUGUAAGCUGAUUAGAAUGUAUUCAAGCUUCAACUCUAGCUUUGAGCCAAGCCCAAAACAAAUCCUUUUGUCUAUUCCUAAAAUCUGAUUGGCUGAUACUGAUCUGUGACCAUAACCUACUUUGCAGAAUCACAGUCACCUGCUUUGUGCACAAGGACUGCGUCAUGCUGAAACAUGCCAUUUAAAACUGUUAAACAAUUCUCCAUUAUGUCAUUGUGUGGAGUAGCAUUAAGAUUAGUAAAUAUUCUACUACCCAGACACGUUUAUUAGAAAGAGGUGUCCACAUACUUUUGGCCGCAAAGUUUAUCUGCCUGUUGAAGAAAACAACUUAGACCAUGACAAAUUUGUUUUAGAUUGGCAUUAGUGGUAUGUUACUAACAUGAGCUGAUUAUUAAGAUGGUUGUUGUUGCCAAUAGACCAGCUAGACGAGUGGUUAAUCUAAAACCAGCAUGAAAUUGUCAAAACAUAUCUUAUGUGUAACCAGCAAUGGUUUAAUCUGGUCAUUUAGUCUGGCCUUAGUUGUUAUUUAGCAGGUCUGAAUCUCACAAAACCAAAAACAUGGCUGUAUCCACAUUUACACUGCACUUUAUAGGAUAUGAUUCAUUCACGUUGGUAGAUUAGAUGCAUUUCAAGGGUCACUGACUCAGAUUUGUUGGUUUGUUUUUCUGUGACCUGAAAGAGAAAUGUCUAAGCUAUAUGCUGCUAACUGAUUACUAAAAACCAUUUAAAAUAAGAUUAAAGCAUAAGUUCGUAAUAAGGUGUCUCUGUCAUUUUUGCAACUGAGGGAAACUAAGAACUCUGUGAAGUUUCUGUCUCUUGCAAGUUUUUUUUUUUUGGUUGUCUAUGACUAAGUUUCUAAUCUGGUAUUGAAUAUGGAAUUUACUGACCCAGUGGUUUCUGAAUAUAGUUUCUAAACCAUUAUGAUUGUAUUGCUGCUGAUAAGACUCAUAUGCAAUCAAGUACUGCUGAGUAAAAUGAGGGUGUGUUUGUGUACGUGCCAUCAUGUGUUUAUGACGAACUCUGGCCAUGUGAUGGAAAUGAAGCCGUUUUGUUUGCUCACAUAGUGCUGCUUUGGUUGUGUGUGUGUGUAUCACCUGGGUUGUUGUAGGCAGGUGGAUCUGAAAACACAUUUAAAGGUACACACAGUUAUCACAUUCCUGGGUCCUAAAGUCAGAAACAGAACAAUAAGGGACAAUGGGGCAUACAGCCAUAAUGUAAACUCUUUUUGUUCGUCUAAACCUUACAUAACUUCACCUAACAUGGCACUAAAAGGGAGGGGUCAAGUGGUAGAAUAACUAUUAAUGCUCCAAAUACAUGUAAUGUCAGUCCUCAAAGCGCCAUUAAAGCACUUUCAUUCAUCUAA